AUGUCCAAGAAGAGAGUGUCAGUGCAGCUUCCUGCUAAAAGUGCCAGUGUGACUGGUGAAAAAAGAAAGAGAGCUGAAAAGCCGGAAAAUGAUGAACUAGAUCUUGGAGAAGUCAGUAGUGAUGAGGAAGAAGAUAGUGAUGACGAUGAUGAUGAAAACUUACCAAAAUUAAAGAAAAGAAAGAAGGCUAAAGAUGAUGGAUCAGAAUCAUUUGCCAAUGCUGUUAAUGCCAUCUUGGGAUCUAAAUUAAAAGCUUAUGAUAGAAAAGAUCCAAUACUGGCGAGAUCUAAACAAACAAUUAAAAAAGCGGAAAGUGAUAAAUUGGAAGCAAAAGCUCGUAGAGAGUUAUUGGCAGAAAAGAAGAAAGUUUAUGAUCAAGAUAGAAUUAAAGAUUUAUUACCAACUGAUGAUUCAAAAGCUAGAGAAGUUUUAGAACAUGAAAGAAAAUUGAAAAAAAUUGCACAAAGAGGUGUUGUUAGAUUAUUUAAUGUUGUUAUGUCUACUCAAACAAGAACUUCAACUGAAGUUAACAAGACUAAAGUUUUAGGUCAAGAACAAAAAGAUAAAUUAAUUACAGAAAUUUCUAAAGAGAAGUUUUUUGAUUUAGUUAAAGCUGCAGGUGAAUCAUAA